CUUUUCUCCUCCUCCUCCGCCCCUCUCUGUAAGGAAAAGGAGUACCUGUGAGUCUGAACACCGCUGCUGGGACGAUCGAAUACAGGUUGAAAAGAUGUCCAAUGUCAAGCAACAAGGCUGUUUUUUCUUUGGAGAUUCAGAGCUUCCAUCGUGCAUUUGAUUCUGGAUCCACUGUCAACUGUCAAAUAAUGACUGGGAACCGUCAAGCUGCCCCGGGGACACCGGGCACCCUUCAUACAUCUUCCCACUUGCCAAAUGCCACAGCCACCCCAGGCCAGACACAAUCUGGUAGCCACAGUCCCGACAAGUUCAUGAGUGAACUGCGCAGCAUCCACAUGCCAUCAUGGGCUGUUGCUGCCCUUUGUAUUGUGAGUUUGUGCGUGGUGCUGUCUUGUGUUGUGUGUGUGUGGAAGAAGUGCUUGAAAAAGGACAAGGACAAAGAAAAGGACAAGAAAAAGGGAAAAGAGAAGAGCAAGGGAUACUUUGACACUGAAAUGGAUGGAGGUUACAAUGAGCCGCCGAAAGAUGAAGGUAACAAAGAAACAGAGCUGUCAGAUAAUGAGCCCAAGGAGGAAGAGAAGUUGGGCAGACUGCAUUUCACGUUAGACUACAACUUCACAGAUAAUACGCUGGUAGUAGGAAUCCUGCAGGCCGCAGAGCUUCCUGCCAUGGAUGUGGGAGGUAGUUCUGACCCUUAUGUCAAACUCUAUCUGCUCCCGGACAAAAAGAAAAAGUUUGAAACCAAAGUUCAUAGGAAGACUCUUGAACCCAACUUCAAUGAGACUUUCACCUUUAAGGUACCGUACACUGAGCUGGGUGGGAAGACAUUGGUGAUGACUGUGUAUGACUUUGACCGUUUCUCAAAACAUGACGCGAUUGGAGCUGUGAAGAUACCAAUGAGCAGUGUGGACUUCAGCCAGUCUCUGCAGGAGUGGAAGGAUCUGCAGAAGGCAGAGAAGGAAGAGAGCGAGCGGCUUGGAGACAUAUGUUUGUCUUUGAGGUAUGUGCCUACUGCAGGGAAGCUGACUGUGGUGAUACUGGAAGCCAAAAACCUGAAGAAAAUGGAUGUGGGUGGAUUAUCAGACCCUUAUGUGAAGAUCCACUUAAUGCAGAAUGGGAAAAGACUCAAGAAAAAGAAAACAACGAUAAAGAAGAACACUUUGAACCCUUACUACAACGAGUCAUUCAGCUUUGAAGUGCCAUGUGAACAGAUAGAGAAGGUGCAGGUAGCAGUGACUGUGUUGGACUACGAUAAGAUUGGGAAAAAUGAUGCCAUCGGGAAGGUACUGCUGGGCAGUAACAGCACUGGGACGGAGCAACGCCAUUGGUCAGACAUGCUAGCCAACCCCCGGCGGCCAAUCGCCCAGUGGCAUAGCCUAAAACCAGAGGAAGAGGUCAACGUGCUAAUUUCCAACAAGAAAUGAAACUCAGUGGGCAGCUUUAUGCAGCUGUUCCAUGAAACCUUGCAGCAGUUACCUCAACUACCUCCAAUUUAUGUUCCUAUCUCUUCCCUAGCUCCCCUUCAAAAAACAUUUAAGCUACUUAGCUGAGUGCAUCUACCCAAUUAUUCACACACUAUCCAAGUCUAUUAUGGACUUUAAGCCUUCUUCCUUCAGUAAUUCCCUCCUCCUGCUUUUACCUAAACUGCUUUAAAAGUUUUAAUCAAAGAUUUGACGUAUCACUGUGUACAGUGCUAUUAAACAAGAUCAGAUUUUUUUUAAACCUGUGUGAGGAUGUUUUUCUUCAUAUGUUCUGUGCUGAUUAGCUACAUCUGACCUGCAGGGGGAGACAAUCCAAAGGAUCAUGAAAUGAGAUCCUCAUAUGACUGAUUUUAUGUCUGUAAUUUCAUAGUAUUCACUGUUUCCUUUUGAUAGUUAUUUAUCGGUUCUUUUAACUGUAAUUGACCAAAGAUAUGGUACUUUCUAAUGCUGCCAAAGUAUAACACUGUUUAUGGUGUUGGAGUACAGCCUAGAAUGAAAGUAAUGGCAAGAGAAGUGCCUGGGCAUCGUACUUUAUAGGUUUCUCUGCAGCAUUGCAGCCAAAGUGGAACAGGACAGGCCAGAUGAACAAAAAGAAUAUAAUCAAUACAUUUCUUUUCUCACUUUUAGUAUUACUGGAGAACUACGUAUUAGGGCUUUUUCCACAGCAGACAUUCUGACUUGUCAUAUUAGGAAAAGCACAGGUUUUGUUAAUACCAUUAACGAUGGUUCUGUUCUCAUUUAAGUGUCCCAGUAAACUGUGACAAUGUGAUAGUGAGCCAGCAUUCGCAAUGCCAGGACCCUGAAGCUGAA